CCGUGGUAUCGUCUCGCACCGGGAGACGCAGCGCACUGAGCCCGGCAACGUGGAGCCUCCACCGGAGCUGGGAAGUGACACUAGCGGGACUAUGUCAUCAGAAGCCCGGGGGACCAGGGUUGAUGUGAGCCGCGGUUCGUUCAUGGUCCUUCCCGCUGGAUUCAUCGGUUCCAGGCUUGUUCCAGUCUGCGGGGCUGCGUGAAGCCGUGGCUGCAUGGCACGUUACAGACGGUCGGGGCUGUGUUUUCACUAAUGUCGUUAAUUUGUGUGACCACCAUGUUGCUGCUCCGCACCUGUGCUGCUCCACCUGAGGUCGGACCCUAGCCCGUUCACCCCUUUCCUCCAUUCCAUUCCACGGACGGUGGUCAGCGGUGCGCCCCCGCUACGCCUGCCGGCACCUCGACGAGGAUGGCCGGCCGCCGCAGCUGCGUGAACUCGCUCUGGUCGGGCACCGAGCGCGUCCGCAUUGGCGAGCGCCUGAAAGCGACGCUUGCCGGGGUGCUGGAGCUAGAGCUGCUCAGGUGCAAACACCUGGAGAUGGUGGAAGUCGCUCUGGAGGACCGAGCCCCCGCCGAUGCUGCCGCCAACGACGAGGAGCAGCGGCCGGAGGUAGAGGAGGGAACCCCGGAGUGCGCCGCCUCGGACGCCGAGCACGGCUCUGCCACAUCCCGCCGGCAACAGGCUCCUUCUCCUUCUGACAUAACGGCAUUGCCCGGUCAGAGCAGCGCAGAAGACUGUGGCAGUAAUUCAGCAGAUGGGAUAGUCCACUCCUCAUCUGCAAGGGGAAGUUAUUCACGCUGGUCCACUCUGUCCUGGGACGCUCCCUCUGACCUGCUCUCUCCCCCGACACCAGACCCCAGUGGUGUGGUCCACCUGGACAGUGACUCCAGACCUAGUUCAGGUUUCUAUUCAGUGAGCGGGAGCUCUCUGUCAGACUCUUGCUACUCUGUGUCCAGUGAUGCCGCUGCGGGAGGACAAGCACCACCAGUGCCACCGACCAGACCUCUGACACUGUGGGUGCAGGUUCCUCCAUCCACAGACAACGCUGACAUCCUGUGGUCAGAGCGUGCCGCGCAGAAGCAGGAGCAGCCUGCACUGCCAAAAAGCCAGGGAGAUGGAGAACCCUCAGGAACGACCCCAGUCUCAGGACCAAGUGAUCUUGAAUCGACUGGUCUGAGCUUUCUGUCUGACCUCUGCUCAGGACUCAGCUAUUCCUUGAUUGUUUCCCUCCUCCCACUUCUUGACCCUGUUUCCUCUUCUUCAGCCUCCUCCCUUCAGCUGAAGCCCCAGCUGGACCCUCGUUACUGCAUUGACCUGGUGUCCCGUCGGAACAAAGAGGUUUACCCCUACCCCAGCCCCCUGCAUGCCGUCGCCCUCCAGAGCCCCCUCUUCACCUCCCAGAGCCAGGAGCAAUCCGCCUCUCUGAAUCCGGAGAUGACCCAACUUGAUGAACCACUGGAGUCCAACACUGACCCAACUCUGCCUCAGCAGACCGCCGCCCUGGCCUCCGUCACCCAGCUGGAGCAGUACAUCUCUCGCCUGGCUCAUCAGUACCACGGUCGGGUCACCUCCUCCACCUCUGACCUCACCUCAGCUGCCACCGCUGGUCAGGUCAUACACAGAGGCCUUUGCACUCCUGGUAAGAUCCAUGGUUCAACAGUGUCCCUCUCUGCUUUUGAGAGCCGCAGUACAACAUCAACAAACCCAGGAGGCAGCAUCACUCCGUGUAAGUCACUGCUGGGCAACUCAGCCAGAGUGAGCCUCAGCUCUGCUGGGAAAAAGGCCACCAGGAACUCAAUUAACCUGGGUAACCUUCCUUCAGCAACUGGAGAGGACUUGAACAUAAAUCUGCAUCUCAACCUUAACUUGAACCUGGCCACUGGUUUAAAUUCUGGUCGGGGACCCGUGGACAAUUCCAAAAAUGGCAGUUGUGGAGCUUUGAGAGCUGACGUUACUACAGCUCCCACUGCCUCCACUUCAUCGCUCUCCUCUGUUACACCCACCCCAGCACUAAGAGCUCGCCCUCGCAUUUCAACUUGUCCCAGUAGCCUGAGUCACCGCAGUUCCCUGGAGGUCACUUCAGCGUCUGGACCCAGUCCGGGAUAUGGAUCAUCAUCAUCCUUCUGUCGCUCAUUAGACUGGAGCACUGGUGCUCCACCCGAGGCUGGAUCAUCAAUGUUUGGUACAAAUGCUGCAUCAGCUCCUGGGUCUCAGCGUAGCAGCUUGAUCCAAGAGUCCAGCUCCAGUCCCAAGUUAAGCGAAGACUCCGCCAUGGUGGAAGAGAUCUCCCGCCUCUCUGGCCUGUCCCGGGCUGUGGUGGUUGGACUGAUGGAACAAGGUGUGGAGCUUGAUAUUGAAUGCUUCCAAACAGAUACUGCCGGAGACGUGAGGGGUCACAGUAAAUCUCACCUGACGUCCCAGGCAGAUCAGUCGCAUGACUAUGCUAGACUGAACAACCUGAAUCCCCAGAGACCGAUACAGCUCUCCCUCAGUGUCACCCAUUCACCUCAGUCUCAGUCAAGUCUCACCCCUCCUCUCUCACACUCCAGCAGCCCCAUACACCCUUACCAGUCCAAUUACAUUCCCUCUCCCCACUACUCCUCACACUGCCACUACCAGCAGAUCCCUUCCCCAUCCGACCUUCCCUCUUCCACAGCCUCCUCCCCUGCGUCCCGCUCCACUACCAGGGGUCGCUCCCCUCCCCGGCCUCUCCAGCCCUCCCCCUUGGGUGCCACCCCACUCUCUGUUUUCCGUCGGGACGCACCCUUCCAGUGCUCCCUGCCCCACACCAAUACGAGGACUUCUCCUUCAGAGCACAGCAGCAAUCAAACACGAAGUGGAUCACUUCGGCAUAGUGGUGGAGGAAGUGCAGGCAGUGGUGGGUGGAAGAGAGCAGAGGGAGAUGGGCUUUACAGAGGAAAGCAUUCCUCUCAUAAGUUGAUCAGGGCAGCCACAGUAAGCAGCUAUGCCAAGAGAGAGGACUACAGCUCUGUUUGGGGUGAGGAGGAGGAAAAGGAGCAAACAGCUGCUCAGACACCAAGGAAGACAUCCAACAAACUCUGGAGGGGUUUUGAAGGACGCCUCUGGGGCAAAGAGUCAGACAAAGAGAGGGAGGAGAUGGACAGAGCUGAGUAUGGCUACGGAUGGAGGAGAAACAGCAUUGGGAGCUGGAGAAGGGAGAACCGAAAGGCAAAGGCCUCAUCCGGCAGGAACGACAAGAGGCCAAAAGUAGACAACUCACCCAUGUUCUCAAAGAAGAGGGGGAAAGAAGACGGGGAGAGAUGCAGUUCAAGCAUCAGGCUUUCCAGAAGGGCUUUGUUCAGGAGUGAGUCCCAAGGUUUGCUGGUGCCUCGUCAUCACGGUGAGGAGCCUGUGAAGCGUCCACACUGGGUGUCCUCGUUAGACGUGGGACAAGGGGGCAUGGGCAACAGAGACGAAGGGAUCCGACUGCUGAGAGAAAAGGAGGCCGACAAACGCCUGUCGUCCACUGCCAGCCUCUUUAACCUCUCUCGCUCUCAGAGCCUAGAAGGCAGCUGCCACUCGAUCUCCCCUCUCUCCUCCCCUUCCUUUUCCCCAUCCCCUCCUCCAAGCAUGCCCCUCCAGCGCUCUCGGUCACUGAGGGACUUGGGGAGGAGAGUGUUUGGCUCCAUGAGGUCCCUGAGUCUCAAACGGAAGCCAUCCAAGAAAUGACAUUUGUACGAUAAAUAAUUAUGACAGUAGUGGAUUCUUCCAUGUGUUGUGCUCAAACCACCAGUGAUGGCUGCCAUUGCAUUCCAUGUAAAAGGAAGCGCCAUCAUGUUUAGUCUUCAAACUUCAAUGUUUGUUAUUAAAUAUACAGAUGAAGUGGUUCUGUAAUUAAAAUAUAUGCCAGUCCUUUCAUUCACCACCAUGAUGGAAGUCACUCUCAGGCACAUAAGAGUCUGUAUUACGUGCUGAUAUUGUUCUUGGUUCACAGCAUUGAUUCCAGUGAAGUUUUUGUACAUUUUUAUUGACAAAGCCAUUUUAAUAGCCACCAAAAUGGCUACUAAAUGGAUUUGGUCCCAUGGCCAACAAAGAAAUGUCAGUGAUGAAAACUUUCUGUAUAUGUGAAGAAUUCUUUGAAGGUGAUGCAAAGAACUACAAACCUCUCUAUCCUGUGUAUGAUGGCUGAAAGGAUUUGACAUUUUCACAGUAACAAUAUUCUUGGAUUUGUUUGUGCUUUAAUAGUAGCCUCAUGAAAAGAAUAUUUAAUAUGAACUCAUACUAUCAGCUCCAGUACAUAUGCUUAAAUCCCCCUAUAACCAUGAGUAUGAAUGUGUACACUCCCCCUCUGCAUGCUGCUCUGUGACUUGUUCAUUUUUCACAGCUAUUGUGAGAACGUGAUAUUCCUCUUUGUCUAUGGUUACAAUUCCCUCUGAAGUACAAUCAUAUUGGCCAGACAAAGACCAAAACCAAGCAAAUACUCUUUAACUUGAUAUUGUGCUCAGGAUUUUCAAAUAAAUAUUGAAUGAUUCAAAAUACUUGAGUUAUUUGAGACAAAAUGUGGCUUCUUAUGGCUUAUGAUUAAUAAAAAGAUUCAAAACUG